AUGGCCCAAACCACCAUCCCGGUUGUGGACUUUGCCCGUUGGUCCUCCGACCAGUCGCAUCGUCAGCGCGUGGCACAGGACAUCGUCGCCGCGUGCAAGCAGGUCGGGUUCGUGUACAUCGUCAACCACUCGCUGCCCGAGACCCUACUGGAGGAUGCAUUCCGCUGGUCGAGACUAUUUUUUGACCUGCCGGAAACCGAGAAACGUAAGGCGCCUCAUCCAGAGGGAUGGGCAGUCCAUCGUGGCUAUUCUUGGCCGGGGCUGGAGAAAGUGUCACAGGCGAUGAGCGAGCAGAAUGACCAGGAACGGGCUGGGCAGCUGAGAGAGAUUCCCGAUGUCAAGGUGAAGAUCCCUUUUCACAUGGGUGUUUCGCAUGCGAUUUGCGAAGCGACGAUUUCCAGGUUGUUUGUUGGGUCAGUCUGCGACACCUUCUGA